GGAAACCGGACCAGGGAGGCUGCUCGGCGGGCCGCGCCGAUUGCGAGGAGCGGGGCUUCUGCCGGGGGUCUGCUUCCCGCGCUCGCCGUCGGAAGGGGCCGGUCGAAGGCACCCAGAUCAAACAAGAAUUGCCCAAUCAGGAGCAAAAAUGCAAAGCACUUCGAAUUAUCUCUGGCUUCUCUCGGACAUUCUGGGACAAGGAGCUACUGCAAAUGUUUUUCGCGGACGACACAAGAAAACAGGAGACUUGUAUGCCGUAAAAGUGUUCAAUAACUUCAGCUUCCUUCGUCCCGUGGAUGUUCAGAUGAGAGAGUUUGAAGUGUUGAAGAAAUUGAAUCACAAGAACAUUGUCAAAUUAUUUGCCAUAGAAGAAGAGACAACCUCUAGACAUAAAGUCCUUGUUAUGGAAUUUUGCCCAUGUGGCAGUUUAUAUACAGUUUUAGAAGAACCAGCUAAUGCCUAUGGGUUGCCAGAAGCAGAAUUCUUAAUUGUAUUGAGAGAUGUUGUGGCUGGCAUGAACCAUCUUCGUGAGAAUGGAAUAGUGCACCGUGACAUCAAGCCAGGCAAUAUCAUGCGGGUUAUAGGUGAAGAUGGUCAAUCUGUUUAUAAACUGACAGAUUUCGGGGCUGCUAGGGAGCUGGAUGAUGAUGAACAAUUUGUCUCCCUCUACGGUACAGAAGAAUACCUGCAUCCUGAUAUGUACGAACGAGCAGUAUUGAGAAAAGAACAUCAGAAGAAAUACGGGGCAACAGUUGAUUUGUGGAGCAUAGGGGUGACAUUUUACCACGCUGCAACUGGAAGUUUACCCUUUCGACCUUUUGAAGGGCCUCGUAGAAACAAGGAAGUGAUGUAUAAAAUUAUAACUGGAAAGCCUUCCGGUGCAAUAUCUGGAGUACAAAAAGCAGAAAAUGGCCCCAUUGAAUGGAGUCGUGAUAUGCCUGUUUCCUGCAGUCUUUCAAAGGGCUUGCAAGUACUACUCACACCUGUUCUUGCAAAUAUUCUUGAAGCAGAUCAAGAGAAAUGCUGGGGAUUUGAUCAGUUUUUUGCAGAGACGAGCGAUAUACUCCACCGAAUAAUUAUUCAUGUUUUCUCUCUGCAACAAAUGACUGCACACAAAAUUUAUAUUCACAUCCAUAAUAAUGCUGCCAUGUUUCAUGAUUUGGUCUACAAACAGACAAAAAUAGCUUCAAUUAAUCAAGAACUGAUAUAUGAAGGCCGGCGUUUAGUCCUAGAGCCCAGCAGAUUGGCACAAUCUUUCCCCAGAACCACUGAAGAAAAUCCCAUAAUCAUAGUGAACAGGGAGGCUGUGAACAUCGUAGGAUUACUCUAUGAAGAAAUUCUGCUUCCUAAGGUCCAUCAACGUUAUGACUUAGAUACUGAUGCAAGCAUGGCAAAAGCGGUUACAGGAGUUGUUUGUUACGCCUGCAGAGUUGCCCGUGCAUUACUGCUUUACCAGGAACUGAUGCGGAAGGGAAUCAGAUGGUUAAUCGAAAUAAUCAAAGAGGAUUACAGCGAAACGUUUCACAAAAAGACAGAGGUGGUUAUCAAGCUGGAAUUUUGCAACAGAAACAUAGAAAAGGCUGGGAAAAUAUAUCAAAAUUUGCUGCAGAUCAACCUGGCACCAUCAGAAGUGGAUGAAAUUUCAGACAUACACUCCAAGCUGUUACGGCUUUCAAGUUCGCGGGGAACAAUAGAGAGCAGUCUUCAGGAUAUCAAAAGCAAACUCUGUCCGAAUGGCCUGCUGUCUGAUGGCUGGACCAACCAGGAAGGCACGCACCCGAAAGACAGAAACCCAGAAAGGUUGCAAGUACUACUGAGUUCCAUUACAGAAAUUUAUUAUCAGUUCAAAAAAGACAAAGCAGAACGCCGACUUCCAUAUAACGAGGAACAAAUCCACAAAUUCGACAAGCAGAAGCUUUUUCUACACGCUACAAAAGCCAUGACCUUGUUCAAGGAAGAAUGCGUCACCAAGUACGAAGUUUUCUUAGACAAGGCAGAGGACUGGAUGAGGAAGAUGCUUCUUUUAAGAAAACAGCUAAUGAAUCUCAGAAAACUCUGCUUCGAUAUUGAAGAAGAGGUGUCCAAAUAUCAGGACUAUGUAAAUGAAUUACAAGAAAAUUUGCCCCAUAAGAUGUUUGCGGCUUCCGGUGGGAUCAAACAUACAAUUAAUCCAGUUUAUCCAAGUUCAAACACUUUGGUAGAAAUGACUCUUGGUAUGAAGAAACUGAAAGAAGAAAUGGAAGGUGUCGUUAAAGAAUUAGCCGAGAAUAAUCACCUUUUGGAAAGGUUUGGUGCUUUGACGAUGGAUGGUGGCCCAAGGAAUGUGGAUUGUAUUUAGCUGGACAUUACCAUGACACAAUCUGAAUUUGCACAGAAAGAGCAUUUAUCCAUUGAAAGAGUUUUCUGAACUUGGCAUUCCCCUCAGUAUUUAAUAAAAGCAUGUAAAUAUGUACAUAAUGUAUAUAAUAGAAAGUAUAUUUCUUUUGGUAACGUUACAAGUGGUCUUAACAUUUGGAGUAACACCAGAACUUUCCCCCGUGUGAAAUAAUGACGGCUGCAUAUUGUGGUGAGCACAUUGACGCAAUGCAAUUGCUUCAAAUGCUGUCCUUGCCUGUUUACUUGUGAAUGUUGCUAGAGGAACUGGUCUUGGAAAAACCCCACUUCAUUUUUGUCAAGGAGAUUGGGCUUCUCCUUAAGUCACCUGAAUGCACAGUACCUCGUUUAUGAUCCUAUGAAAUUGUUUCCUGCUGUCUUUCAUUGUGAGCAGAUGUCUCUUACAAAGUACAAAAAA